UCAAGUUACAAAAAACUAUUUGCUCAGAGUGCAAAACUUUACCCUCCUUUCUCCCAUCAAAGGACAUGAGAAAGAAUUAUAUUGAGACUUCAAUUCACCGAUUCGUGAAUCCAUAUGUUUCGAUGUGCAUCAGAACUGUAUAACUGGCAGUGAAUGCAUUGGCUUAUCCUCCGAUGCGGCAAAGUUAGUUUACACUGUCAAAACCAAUAGUUCUUGUGCACUAUGGAGAAUUUCUCAUUUUCACAAGAUAACAUCAGUCAACAUGGACAACUUUUACUUCACAGCUUUUCCAACUCAACAAAUGUGUCUGCUCUGCCUGAAAGACAACCAAGAGAUGAACAGUUAGCUCAAGUAGAAAUUGCUGUACUUGGAGUCAUAUUUAUGGCUGCAGCUGUGGGCAACUUUAUCCUCAUAUUGGUUUUGUGGAGGAGUCGAACAAAACUGUCAAGAAUAUAUGUGUUUCUGCUUCACCUGAGCCUUGCAGACCUGAUGGUUGCAUUUUUUCUAGUUCUUCCUCAGCUCUUUUGGAAAAUUACAGAUGAUUUCAAGGGUCCAGACAUCCUGUGCCGAACCAUUUGUUAUCUCCAGCUACUGAGCAUGUUUGCCUCUACUUAUAUGAUUGUUGUUAUGGCAAUGGACAGAUGCCAAGCAGUGUGCUAUCCUAUGACAUCUUUCCAAAAGAAGGGUGCCCUGUGGAAUGUUUCUAUCUGUACCAGUUGGUUUAUCUCUCUGGUCUUUAGUGUUCCCCAAGUAUUUAUCUUUCAGAAGACAGAAGUAUCACCAGGCGUAUUUGAUUGCCAAGCUAACUUCAUUGAACCCUGGGGCGCAAAGGGUUAUGUGACUUGGAUUUCUAUAGCUAUUCUCUUUCUUCCUGCAGCUCUUCUCAUCAUAUGCCAUGUUAUGAUCUGUAGAACAGUCCAAAUGAAUAUGGCAAGCCACCAUGAAUUUGAAAUGACAAAUCAGAAGCAAAUGAUGCCUUCCCAGCCAAGCAACGCAAACAGGAUGUCAAAGGCUAUGAUCAAGACUAUAAAGAUGACAGUGGUGAUAGUUGUGGCUUAUGUCUUCUGUUGGUCACCUUUCUUCAUUGCACAGUUGUGGACUGCAUGGCACCCCAGUGAUUCUAGGACUGAAGGUCCAGUAAUAGCCAUUCUUAUGCUCCUAGCAAAUCUCAAUAGCUGUGUUAAUCCAUGGAUUUAUAUGUACUUUUUUGGUCAAAUACCACAUUGUUCAAAAAACAAACUAAACCACACUGCAGCUCGUGAAGAAUCUACAAUUACAGGCAGCAUUAACCUGGGAGAUAAAGAAGCUGAAGACAAUAUCACAUCUGUGUAACUACUAUAAGCGAUUGGCUUUAUAGCUUCUGUUUAUUUCUUGCAUUCACCGUUCCAUGAAAUGUUUUCCUCUUAUAGAAGUAUUUACUCUGGUAAAAAUAUGCAUAUUUUCAUUAAUUUCAUUGGCAAAUCAAUGUUUUUAAAUUUCCAAAGUCUUCAAAGUCCACCAACUAGAACUAAAUGUAAAAUAGUGGUGGUAAUAGAGUUUUGAAGAUGGUUAAAGCCAGGUGCAAAAUAGUACAUCAGAAGUUGCAACUGGUUGUUUCCAGAAGCUAUAUCAUAGAUAUGAGAGUCUAACACAGUAAUUUAGUGGGAGAGAAGGCUUUUAUAACAUAUGAUAGUUGUCUAAGCAAAACCUUUGCUGCAUCAUAGCAGCAGCACAUUAUGCAAUGAUCCAGUAGAUUCAGAUCUGUUGUUUGCCAGUCCCUAUUUCAGAAUGUGCAAAACAUUUUCCAUAUAUUAGCUCAGUAAUGUUUACAGUUACGCUGGUAGACAUUAUAUCCUCCUCAAUUUUGUAAAAGAGACAACAGGUGUCAGAAGCUCAAUUUACCAGUAGUUGGAAAUAUGAAUCCAGUUUUCAGUCCUAAAUCUAAAAUAUGUGCUUAUUCUAAAAGAAAUUCUAGCUAACAUAUCCAUUUAUCUAUGUGAUCCAAGUAAAGGCUGGGAGACUAUACCUUCAUGAACUGAAAUAGAUGUGAUUAUUUUUGUUACAUUUUCUUAGCAUCAGCCCAUUGAGUUAAUUCCUAGUCUAUAUGACCAUAAUGUGGAAUCAUUCUUCAACAUUUGCCCUAUGAGUCUUCGAAUUUUCCUACUUGGAAGUAUAUAUCUACCUAACUGGAUUUCCUGUACUGAGUGGGGGGUUGGACUUGAUAGCCUGUGGGACUCCUUCCAGUAAUAUAAUUCUAUGACUCAAUUGGCAUGGGUCACACUGACCUUACUAAAGAAAUCGUUUUGUAGUUUCUAAUUACGUUUGACAAUAAGUUAAAUUGACAAUUACUCUUGCAUAACUGAUGAAACAAACAUUGGACUGCUUCCAUGCAUGCAUUUCAUGAGAUAGAUCCUAUGUAGAAUUGCUGACUUGUUCCUCCCAGGAUAAUGGAAUCAUUUGCACUUGGGACAUAAUGUAAGCAAAAUGAGAUAAUUGAUGGCUGAAGAAACAGAAUGAAUUAAAAUGAGGAACAUGCUAGACUGAAGAUUCAGUUUUAGGGGUAUCAGCUAGAUCCCCACUUCACUGACCUCUUGCUAGUUAAAUGAUAUGUCGCUUUCUGGCUGAGCACAAAGGAGAGUAAAGCCAGGCACAGUUGUGCUUCAAGAACUAGUUGAGUCUUGGGGCUGAGUCUUAGCCAGUCAUUAUAAUGUCAUCUAACUGCAUAGGGAAAAAGAAGGGGGCAGUUGUUCCAAGUUGCAAAUCUUGUCCUGCCACUUUUGCCGGGGGGGGGGGGGGGCAGAACACGUAGUAUUGAGAGCUCUUGGAACCUGGGUUUGACUUGUGAACUGUGAUCGCUCAUCUGUGCUAGGCAAAAUCAGAAGUGAAUUGACUUACAUGAAAUACUUUCCUGAAAUGGUCUUAUAGGUGAACCUGUUGCUUGGAGCUCAUGCAACAGCCAUUUAAACAUAAGACUCUGUUUAUGGGUUCAGAUACUAUAUGAACUCCUAAUCUAGUAUCAAAUGUUAAAGGUUCAUCAACAACUGAAUCAGAGGCAGCCAUAGUGUAAGAUGGAGAAAUCAGUGGCCAGAAAGAGUUAUCAUUGCUUAGGAGUAACAUUAAGGUUUUAAAAUGAGUUGGGUAGAUAGUCACUAUAGAAUCAGAAAUUCUUUGGUAUUAAAGAAAUUCUGUAAUUAGUAGCACUUGUGUGUCAUCAUAUGGGGAAGCUAUACAUAGGGCUACAUCUUCUCAGGAAGUCCUUACAACUCUGCAAUGUUCCACAGUGGUCACAGCAGCUACUUCCCUCCUGUUGUAGAGCUGUAAACCUUUAGUCAAGAGUAAUUUGGGUGCAGAUCCUGCCAGGUAUUGAUUAAGUAUUGCUUAUAUCAUUAAAACUCCACCUUUCCUGCUUUUCUUGUAUUCUUGACCAGCUCUUUAUUCAGGCUUCUGCUUCCCAAUGUUCCUCUACUGUGAUAGAUCUCUGCACAACUUCUCCUGUCAUAAAUAGACUUUCUGGAAUUUGUCGUGGAUUAGUUGUUGACACCAUCCUUUUUGGAGCAGGCACUCGGUUUCCUGGUCUUGACAUCUGGCUCUACAAACUUAAGUUUUGUAAAAAUUGUGAUGGCCUGCAGUUUAUCAUUUGGCUACCAACUCCCACUGUGACUUGCUUCCCAAUUGUUUUCUUUCAACCACAUUCCCUAGGGCACAUGAUCAUGGCAUCCCCUCUGUAUUCUGUUAGUACUGGAUUGGGUUCUAUAACUAAAGAAUGUAGACGACACCAAAGAUUUAGUUUGCUUUUGCUUCCCCUCCCCUUAGUAGGCAUCCAUUGCUUAGACCUUUGUUCUCACUACAACAAGAAACAAGGUCCAGGGUCCAAUGUCCAAUUUUUUGCACUGGAAAACUCCAAAGGCCACAUAGACUGCUAAUAAUGCCAAGGUAUGCAUGGCUUAGAGGCGGGGUGUGUGUUGAUAGAGUGGCCAGAGACCCUUUUACACUAAACAAUUAUAAUAGUAUGAUUCCACUUUGACUGUCAUAGUUCCAUCUUGUGGAUUCUAGGAAUUUGCAGUGUGGAGAAAGGCAUUUAGACUUCUCAGCCGGACAGUUGUACCUCAUAAAAACCCAAACCUCAGGAGUCCAUAUACACAGCAGUUAACAGCUAUAUCACUUUAAUUCUGCUUGUCUGAAAGGACCCUAAUUUUGAAAAA